AUGUUUCCGCAAGCACUUCUUCUGCUCCUCCUUCUUCAUUGUUGUCACAUCGUUGCUUCAUCAUCCAUCAUCAACACCCUACCGGGUUUUUCCGGCGACCUCCCCUUCAAACUUGAAACCGGGUACGUUGGGGUGGGCAAUUUGGAUGAUAUUCAGUUGUUUUAUUUCUUCAUCGAGUCGGAGAGAAGUCCCAAGGAAGAUCCUUUACUGCUUUGGCUCAGCGGAGGUCCUGGUUGCUCUUCUUUUACUGCCAUGGUAUACGACAGUAUAGGUCCAUUAAUUUUCAACUACGCAAAUUCUAGUGGGAACGAACCAACAUUUUUGUUGAAUCCAUACGCAUGGACAAAGAUUGCCAACGUAAUAUUUUUGGAUCAACCUGUUGGUACUGGAUAUUCCUACGCAAAAAGUUGGGAAGAAUACCGGACCGGUGAUACAUUAUCAAGUUCUCAGACCUAUGAAUUUCUAAGGAAGUGGCUUAAAGAUCACCCUCAAUUUCUGAAUAAUCCACUAUAUAUUGCUGGUGAUUCAUAUUCAGGCAUAACCGUUCCCAUCGUUGCUCAACAAGUAUCCAACGGUAACGAAGCCGGGCAUGAACCACCAAUGAAUCUCAAAGGUUACGUGCUUGGCAACCCAUGGACAGAACCAACAUAUGACGUGAACUCACGAAUUAAAUAUGCUCAUCGCAUGGCACUCAUAUCCAAUGAACUCUAUGAGUCAACUAAAACAAAUUGCAAGGGAGAGUACGUUCAAGUAGAUCCAAACAAUGCACCUUGUGUGGAAAACCUCCAAGAAGUCAAUGAGUGCAUCCAAAAGAUAAAUCUUGCACAAAUAUUGGAGCCAAAGUGUAGUACUCUGUCUCCAAAACCAAAAAGAUUCAAAUGGGAUCAGAACUUUGCUGAAGAGGACUUGUUAGAUGUGCUGCAUUAUUCUACGAAAUCAUGGUGUCGUAGUUAUAACUAUAUCUUCUGCUUCAUUUGGGCUAAUGACAAAACUGUCCAAAAUGCUCUAAACGUUCGAGAGGGAACAAUAAAGGGUUGGGAAAGAUGCAAUCAGAGCUUAGAUAGCAAUUAUGCAUAUGAUGUUAGAACUAGUAUUGACUAUCAUCGAAAUCUCACCAAGAAAAACCUUAGAGCACUGGUUUACAGUGGUGAUCAUGACAUGAUUAUUCCAUAUGUGGGCACUCGAGAAUGGAUAAAAUCUCUAAAUUUGAGUGUUGAUUACCAAUGGAGACCAUGGUUUGUUAAUGGCCAAGUUGCAGGGUACACCAAUGCAUAUACACUGAAAGCGUACAGUUUGACAUUUGUUACUGGAGGUGGCCACUCAGCUCCAGAAUACAAGCCUAUGGAAUGUCUUGCCAUGGUUGAUAGGUGGUUUGCAUAUUACUAUGUUUAA